CACCUUCAGUACGGUCUUGUUUUGUAGCGUGCGCAUUUCACAGCUCGGUUAAAAAUGCAUCCUAUUAGACCGGAAUAACAUGAUUCUCAAAAUUAUCUGGUUAUAUGAUGACCUGAAUGUUAUUUUUCCUUCCUUCUGCUAAAAGGCGGACACCGGACCGGGCACUGUUGAGUUGGAAGUUUCGUCAAAAGCUAAGAGUACUUGGUCGUUUAUUCGCGAGCUUCCGUUGAAAGACCUGGAUGAUUUCGUCAGAAGUUGGGAGCAAGGAUUUCGACUAAAAUCCGAGAACACGCCGGCUAAGGGUCGAAUGCGAUACUACAAUUGUAGCCGGAUCAAAGUACGUGCAAAGCCUCAAUGUACGCGACAACUAUUGGCCUUUAUACCCAACACUACAGGAGACGUGUCAGUCAGUGCUAAAGGACAACAUAGCUGCCAUGAAGCCCCAGCCGAAAACUUGGCACGGUCCAAGUUAGCAACCGGAGAUAAACAACUGAUUGAUAAACUAGUAGGAUCGGGUAUACCGUCGAUGCAUAUUAAACUACAGCUUCAAGCGAACAAUGGCAACUUUGCCAAAGGCUCGCUGAACUACGCAGUGAAAUCUUCAAGAGAAAAACUGUUCGGCACUGGAACGAUGUCUUUUGGUGAGCUGGAAACUUGGCUGUCAUCUAGAUGUGCUGUACCAGAUGAUGCUCGCGAGGCUUUCAUAAUCGGAAAAGACGUCGACCACGAUAACAGAAAAUUUCGGAUCAUAAUUUCUUCGAAACGUAUGCUCUCAUACCUCUGUCGUUUUACAACGAUCGCUGCUGAUUGCACAUUUAAAAUCACUAUGCAGGGGUAUCCACUUCUUGUAAUCUGCAUAAUCGAUCAAAUGAGAAAAGCGCACCCUGUUGCAUUUGCUUGCAUCACCAAUCAGGAGCAAAUCGAUUAUACGUUCGUUUUCCAGACCCUUGUUUCCGCGGCUGUAAAUCAAGGUGGAGAUGUCAGAGUUGCUAAUUUCCUUAGUGACGGGGAACUGGCGCUAAAGAACGCGGCGCGUUGCGUCUUCGGACAAGCUGUCGUGCUACUUAACUGUUAUUUUCAUGUCAAGGAAAAUAUAAUCAAACACUUCAAAAGCACCCCUGAGAUGCCUAUAGAGGUUCAGGAGCAGCUGAAGCGGGAAGUGGCGCUAUUGCAAAUAGCACCAACCAAAAGACAUUUUGGUGCCGCAUUGAGCUAUUUAUAG